UGCCGUUUUGUGUUGACUGAUUGAAAACUGUGAAUAUGAACGUGUUUACAGUGUGUGACAAGUCCGCUAUUUUUAGACGGUUUCUCCACUUGAAUGUGUUGAACUGUGUUACCGUAGAUCUACUGAUAUGUGACUGGCCUGGACGGCAUAAGCAGAGACCCAUUCGUUAAAUCACUUGCCUGGGCUAGAGGCUAUCCAAGGACUUGAUUCGGUGAGACUGUGUAACUGACAUGUGCCACUGACAUGUGCCACUGACAUGUGCCACUGACACAGAUGACAUGUAGCACAACCCCGGAUUGACAGUAUGUGUUACAGCAAAGAAACUGGAUUAACGUUUGGAUUGAAACAAUGGGAUUAGCGAGCGAAUUAUAACAAUGGGAUUAACAAAAGCCCGAGAUUGUGUCAGCCGUUGACUGAAGAUUCAGACAUGCGCAGUCCUCACAUCAAGCUCGCCGUCCACUUCCUGUUGUCGAUGACGUCCUUGACCUUUGUCCAGUUACCGGCGUCAGAUGGCACUCUCUACUGGUCACGUGACGAUUUAUUUACACUGAGGGGCAACUACACCUGGGGCUCCAGCAUCAACAAGACACGCUUCACUGAGCAGGAGAAGAAUUUGAUCCUACAGAUCAGUAACGCCUACAGGAGUAUGGUGUUUCCUAGAGCUGUUGGGAUGAAGGAGUUGAUUUGGGACAGCCAGUACGAAGACUACGCCUACAACCACACCCAGAAAUGUACCGGCGCCCACAGCUCUGGAACCAUCAACUACGUCACAACUUUCCCCAAGGUAUACACGACAACCUACAGGCUGAGGGGAGAAGUGCUCUACUAUAGAUACGACUCAGCCUACAGCAUCGAAGAAGCGUUUUACAUGUUCUGGGCGGAGGGAUUGAAGUACGACAUUUACACGGAUGGUUGCACCCACCCCCAAACAUGCGGGCACUACAGAGUGCUAAUGAACGAGGUAUCCUACAGAAUGGGAUGUGCUUUGAACUUGUGCAAAAAGUUCACAGAGAGCACCUACCCAACACCAACCACGUUCAUAAUGUGCAGCUAUGAUGGCCAGUACACCACUGACGUCAAACCCUACACUGUCGGACCUGCCGGCUCCAACUGUGAAAACAUGGGCUACUCGUUUCAAUACAUCAGGAACAAUCUCUGUAUCAGUCCCAACAUGAGGUUAUUUAAAACCGGCUACGACGGCAACACAACUGUGCUAGGAUUUGAUUACAACGACGUCGUUAUGGUGGAGGAGAUGAACCUCACCACACCAGCCCAGACUACACCACCAGCUACAGCAACAUCAGCAGUUCCAGAGUGUAACAAGACCAGUUACGGACGGGGAUGUCAGCAGACGUGCAGGUGUGAGGAGAGCCACACGGACAGGUGUCACGUGCUGGACGGCUCAUGCACGUGCAUGUCAGGCUGGACGGGAGAGUUCUGUCAGACGGACGUCAAUGAGUGCUCCAACACCAGCGUGUGCGUGGACGUACACGAGACGUGCGUCAACUACAACGGCUCGUUUGAGUGUAGAUGUGGAGAUGGGUACAGGAGAAGUAGCGGCCAGCGCUGUCUUAAAGAAACAGAACCUGAUGUAGUGCUGAUUAUUGGCCUGUGUGUGGGACUCGGUCUACUGUCUCUAGUGUUGGUGGCUGGUGGGGCGCUAGUCUGGCACUGUAGGACAUCCGGCAGGACACGUCGGUCCUUCCAACCGUCGCUUCCUCUGCAAACAUCGGGCACCAGACCAACAAAAGUCAUGCACGGCGGUGUAAAUAACAACAGUAAACCUAACCAUCAUCAGAACACAUAUGUUAACGUUAGUGGCUGAUGUGUAGACACAGUAACACAACUAAACCUAACCAGAACACAUGUGUUAACGUUAAUUGUUAACUUUUGAUGUGUACAUCUCGACAAUGUGUACUAGGGAUUUUGUCUAUUGAAAGAUUUAUAAAUGCUUCUUAAAACAAUUUAUCAUCUAUUAGUUUAAACAAGCUGAUUAAAUAUGUAAGCAGAUAAAGUACGUCAGCAGAUAAUAUACGUAUACCCAUAGUAACCAUUCACUUAAAAGACAAAAUUGUACUUGUACAGUUAAACUGAUAUGUCAUUUGGGUGUAUAUAUAGAGGUGUGUGAAUGUCAUUUGAAUGUUUUACAGGAAACAGACCUAAACACAAUAUUCUGUUUAUGAUGCAAACCAGCGAAUGGUUAACACAUUUUUAACAGUGUAAGGGGGACAAUUAUAACGACUAUUGAAGGUUAAACAUUAUCUGAAAUAUUGAUUGGAGGUUCUAGAUUAUCUGGAAUAUUGACUGGAUGUUAUAGAUUAUUUGAACUAUUUACUUGAAGUUAUAGAUUAUCUGGAAUAUCGAUUGGGGGUUAAAGAUUAUCUGGAAUACUGUGGCUGUCAAUCGUUUUGACAGUUGUUGUCAGUUUCAUAGUUUGGUAAGUUACCACAACUGAGUGGACUCAGGACUUCCUUCCCUGGAGUCUGUGACCGGAACUCAAGACAUUUGGGUUAGCAGUCGUGCGAAAUAAAUGCUUCUCUCUAUAGGCAACAAACAUUUUUACUGGCUGUAAACUUGUGUCAUUAGUUCUGUUAUAGUUACAGCAGUACAGAAUAAAACUAUAAACAUGUGUCAUUAAUUCUGUUAUAGUUACAGCAGUACAGAAUAAUGCUAUAAACUUGUGUCAUUAGUUAUGUUGUAGUUACAGCAGUACAAAAUAAAGCUGUAAACUUGUGUCAUUUGUUCUGUUGUAGUUACAGCAGUACAGAAUAAAACUAUAAACAUG